AGUCAUACAUUAAAACAUGAUUAUCUGUGCAUUAGUUAAGCAUGAAUUAAUGCAUAUUAGUGCAGCCGUAUUGUAAAGUGUUGCUGACUAGUUAGCCUAGAUUACUUUCCAUGCUAGGUUAAUCUAUUGAUUUCUAAAAAAAAAAAAAAAAAUUGAAGAAAAAGAAAACAAUAGUUGAAAAUAAAAUUAAUCACUAUUGUAAUAAAAGUCAUUUUUGUUUUACAUGGUUAGUCAAUGACAUUUUAAUUUUUGUCUCCAUAAGCAGGGUUUUCAUUGAACAGCGAACUGUAAUGGAUGUGGAUAGCAUUGAAGGGCUGAAUGAGGUUCGUCCUGCAGUGUAUCGAGCUGCUCUAAAGCUUCGCUCAUUACAAAAACUAUGUCAGAUGCACCUGGUGUCACUGCAGGAUUUGCGCCCAGUUUUAAAUACUUUAUAUUCUGGGGAACCAAUGAUUAGUCUUUCUCAAGAAGAUGUACAGCAGCUUCUAGAAGAACUAUUCCAGAGCAUUUCACAUGAACUUUCCGGUCAGGCAGUACCUGAAGCCACAGAUCAAACCACCAGACUUCUCUUUAAACUGUUUGACAGAGAGAAAACCGGUGUUAUCCUGCUCAGGUCAGUGGAGGCCGCGCUGAUCGCCCUCUGUGGAGACACUCUCUCAGCUAAACAGAGAGCUCUGUUCCGACUGGCUGAGAGCUACAGUGGGAAUCAGGAGAGCGACAGGGGCUCCAUCAGUCGAAGUGCUCUCAGAGUCCUGCUGGAAGACCUCAGCCAGGUUCCAGCAGUGGUUCAAGAAAACCAUGUGUUUGGUCAUGCUGAAACUGCAGUGUCCUCCUGCUUCAAUGGGGUAAUCAGUGCACAUGUGACUGAAGAGCAUUUCAUUGGCUGGCUCCAGUCAGAACCCCGUCUGCUCUUAUGGCUGUCCACUCUCUACAGGAUUUCAGUGAGUGAGGCUGUACAACACAGAGUCCGCUGCCAUGUCUGUAAAGCCUUUCCUAUCACUGGCCUCAGGUAUCGCUGUCUGAAAUGCCUGAACGUACACCUGUGCCAAAGCUGCUUUCUGACUGAGAGACGCAGCAGGAAACACAAACCCUCCCAUCCUGUACUGGAAUAUUGCACUCAGCCAUCCUGGAAGGAGUCGAUGGCAUCACUGGCCUCCAGCGCUCGACACGCUUUGGUACCUCGACACACUCGGAGAGAAGCAGAGAGGAAGAGAGCCGUGAGAGUAGGGUCCAGUGCCCCCUCUCCAGUGCUGCCGUUUGUGGCAGAUCCAGACAUGCAUAAUGCUCCUGAAACACGUCUGACUGCUGCUGCGGUUACAGUAGAGUCUAAAGCCCUGCAGACAGAAGAGACAGAGACUCCUCAGAAAGAAACAGCUGAUCUCCAAAAAGACCUCAUUGUUACCCAGAAGGCCAUGAGGGAUCUGCAGAGAGAUAAAUGGCUCCUGGAGAAAGAGUUUCAGGUGUGGAGAGUUGCAGCGCAGUCAGAGCAUGAUUCAUUGGAGGACAAAUGCACUGAGCUGAAGACCAUGAUGGAGGCGCUGAACCAAAAUAACCAGCAUCUGGAAGAUGAACUGGACAGAGUCAGACACGUGUUGAGUCUGAGGGACAGAGAUCAGCACAGAAUUGACUUUCAUUCCCAUUCAGAACUUCAACCAGAACAUGAUGACAGCAUUAGUGAGAACGACUGGACACAACCAGGCUGUUUAAAACCUCAUGACAGCUCCAGUGGAGAAGAGGAGGUUGAGAAGGAGAGAGAAGCAUUUCAGGAAGGAGGGAUAGAAGUGGAGGAGGAGACUCUUUAUGAGGUAUCAGAAGACAUCUCUACAAAUCUGGAUGACACAGAUAGUGUUUUGACACAGGACGUCCAGACAGCUUCAGGGCAGCAAGAAGAAGUUGAGGAGGAGGGACUACAGGAGGAACAGGAGGAGCUACUGCAUGAAAGACAGGAUCUUUCUUUAUUUAAUCAGUCCAUGUCUGAUUUAGCACUGGAGGGGCAUUCAGACUCAGAUGACUCAGAGAUGGACGAGGAGGAGGAACUUUGUGAGCUUGUACAGCGACUUAGAAAUGAGCUCUCGCAAUAUACAACCACAGGGACUGUCUCUCUACAGAAAGAAAUGCUAAUGACGGCAGCAGAGGGAGUCAGAGACACGGUUUCUCAUUUGGUCACUUCUGUGAGAACCACCAGUUUGGCAUGAUGGCAGCCAAUCAUGGGUUGCAAAUAAACUUUCCCUCACAUUUCCAACCAAUACAAGCCAAUUUUGUAGCUGUCAUCCCAUCACAAGGUUCAUCAUAACAGCAGAUGCUUAGAGUGGAUUGAUGGUUGACCACCUCAAUUCACAAUUUAAUGAAAAAAGAGGUUGCAACUCUUUUUCCAAAAUUCACUUUAUAUUGUUAAUCUAAAUGAGACAUUGGUUAAUAUUAGAGGCACCAUUAUUGACAUCCUGGAUGAUAUGGAUAAGGCUAUUAUAUUCUAGUUACUACAUGAAUAUUUGAUUUUGACUGGUCAAUUGCAAUUCAGUGGUCAAAUUAUUGGCACAACGUCUGGGGGCAACAGUGUGUAACCCCUAAAACAGAAGUGUUCAGUUUGCGUUUGGGUCUGUCUGGGUUUAUUUUAAGAUAAUGGCUGGCUGACCCUUAAUUAUAGUCCAUGUCAAUAAAUGAUCAUUCAUCCCUAGUUAAUGUGUGAUUUUAGAGUGGAUUUAUAGGCUGUUUUUUAAAUAGAUUUUUAAUACUAGAUAUUUUGGAUCUUUUUUUUUUUUUCUUUUAAUAAUGUCAUGUUUAUUUUGUUGGACAAUACAUAAACAUUAUUAAUUUUAAUAUUUUGCAUUCAAUACACAGUACAUGUUAUAUUCUUAUAUUUUGUGAAAUAUAUUCAUGUUUUUUUUAUUUUAAUGUGAAUGCAAACUCAAUAAAUGUACUAGUGCUAGUUUACACGCACAGUCGAACGCACAGCCUUGCAAAGUAUACUUCAUUUGACGCAUGCGCAGUUUUGAGCAGUCUCUCGGCACGAGUUACAAACCCAUAUAAACGUCAUUGUAUUUUUUCAUGCAAGAGUUGUACAAAUGAGGGUUUUUUCUAACCUCUUCGCACAAUCUCUCAUCUAUGUAGGCCUCCAUCAUGGCUGUAGCUUGCAUGAUUUCCUGUGUCAUGAAAAAUCGGGUCCUCCCUCGAAAUCGGGUCUACCCAAACUAAGUUAAUGAUUAUAUACGAAUUUAAAAUACGCAUAUAGCUUACUAAAUAAUGCGUGAGAAAACAAUUUAGUGCAUAAUAAAACCAAUUGAAUGUAAUUUCUUACAUUCAACUGUUAAUUAAUAAAUAAUUAUAAUAGCCUAUUAAGUGAAUAAUUAAACAUCAUUAAUUUGUUUUAUUUAUAACUGAAAUAUUUGGACAUUUAACACUUAAUUUAACACAUAAUUACAUUAAAGAUGAUUGUGAAUAUAUGUAGGGUAAGUGCAAAUACGUGUAUAAACUAAGCUAUCAGGCUAAUUGGUAUCUGUAUGCUAUGCUAGUAUAAGCCAACUAAUACAGACAUAAAUGGUCAUUAUAACGUAGUUGAAACAGCAUUUAUCAUAACAUGAUUUUGUAGAAAUUGUAAACAGGCGCUAAAGAGAGUACCUAUUAAAAGCAAUUUAAACCAAUGGGAUCAUGUGGGGUCCUAAGGGAGACCCGAUUUGUCACUACACCAGUUUGUUCUGUUUAUUAGUUUUUCUUUGAGUACCUUGUGAAUCGACGUCCCCAGGGCACGGCUGCCACCUUGUGGAUAAACUAAUGACUGCAAAAAAAAUUAAAUGCGCAAGUGUGACCUGCGCAUACUAGUACGCGCAGUUACGAAAAUCCGGCGGUGCACAUACAGUACAUUUCAUAUUUGAAAUCACCAAUGAAAUCUGACAACUGUCUCAUAAAUUUUGUUUCUAAACGCUCAAAUCAUGACAAAAACAGUAUUUUUCAGGCUGGAUCAAGCUAAUACGCAUGCGCAGUCCUAAAUGCGCGUCUCUUGUGCCUUAUUUCGGAGGCUCGCGUCUGACUGUUUCUAUAGAAACCGGAGCUUCGGCCGCUGCAGUGACGCGAUGACUUUACCAAUCGGCGAUUGGCUGUUAUUUAGAAGGCGGGACUUAUUCCACCAUAUUGCGCGUUGCACU